GAAAAAAGAUCCGAAAAAAAUCGUUCCAUUUUCAGCUAAACUCAUUUUAUAUUGUAUGGAAUUGAGUUAACGCUUUCUGAUUUAUAUACAUUGUCAUUGACUAUAACUCAUUGCCAUAGUCAAUUUGGAUUGUAAUCCUAUCAUAUAAUUCAUCUCAAGGACUUUAAGUUUGAGUGAGUUUAAAUCUAUUUCUAAUUUGCGGUCAAUUGUCCAAAUCAUCAUCGCACUUAAAUCCAUUUCAUCACCAUCACCAUCAUCAUCACUUCUUUUAAAACAUAAUUAUCAUGUCUUCUUCAGCACUACCUCAAAUUUCAAAAGAUAUAGCCAUGUUGAAAAAGGAUCAAAAUCCUCAAUCACCCAUCAAUAAUAAUAAUAAUAGUACUACUGAGUCAAAUAGUUCAAACAAUGCUUCAAAUCAACAACAACAGCAAACCCCUAUGAGAUCAGCAUCACCACAAACAAGUACACCAACCCCUGUUCAAUCUCAACCACCAAGUGCAUCUCCAUCAACUCCACUUCUUAAUAAAGAAUCUUUAACAGCUACUAAAUUAACUAAUAUAUUCGCUAACAGUAAUGCCCAAGCUGCUACCACGUUGAAUAGAACCAACUUGAAACCAAAACCAAUACAGACAGGUGGUCCUCAACCAUCACUAGCUCCUAAUAACAAUAAUCAUAAUCCUCAUAAUAAUGGUCAUCAUCAACAACAACCUCAUCAUCAUCAUCAUCAAAAAUAUACCAAAAUUCAACCAGCAAUAGCGCCUAAACCAGUGUUGCCUAAACCAAGUACAUUUUCUCCCAUUCCAAAUCUGAAUAAUUCGUUGGAUUCGACAUUGAAUACUUCAAAGCGUUGGGUUUUACCUCCAAGACCAAGACCAGGAAGAAAACCAACUACAAGUGGAGUAAAUGAUGAUAAAUUAUCAACCCAUACCAAUACCAAGACAGGUUCAAAUACCGGAGUAAAUGGUUCUUUUAGUACUACAAAGAAGAGAAGUAAGGUUAUUAAAAAGGAAAUCGAACCAUCUAUACCAUUGUCUAAUAGCAUGGUAGUAAAUGUACCAAACCAAAAUUCAUCACCACCAAAGAUUAUUAAGAUUGAGACAACUAAAACUGAAAUAUCCAAUGUUGAAGGUGAAAGAAACAAGAUUGCAAAUCAAUUACAACAACAAUAUCCUAAGAAAUUAAAUGGAAUAAACAGUCAACAAUCUGCCAAAUCAAAUUCUCCAGAUAUAAAAAGUUUCAUAAAUAAGACUCCAACUCCUACUCCCAAAACAUCAUCUUCAACAUCUCCUCUUCCUCAAACUCCUCCUACUAGAAACACUUCAACUCAAGCAUCAUCAAUAUCAAAUACACCUGUAUCAAUGUCAGUGAACCAACCAAAAAUCAAACAGGAGCCAAUGCAACAACAUAUUCAACCUCAGCCUGUUCCACAACCUAUCCUACAACAACAAAAACCACCACAACAAGUACACAGACAACCAAUAUCACAAGAUACAAACAUCCCUGUUGUUCAAGCUGCCCCUCCUCCCCCUCCAGCUCCAAUAGCAGUUCAAAAGGCAAAUAUUCCAAUUGAUCCAAAGACUGAAAUCAUGGAUCUUAAAAUGUGUUAUUUAUCGAAAUUGAAAGAACAAGAAGUGAUAAGGAAUUAUAUUGAAGUUAUAACCAAUCAAAUUAAAGAAUUAUCCUUUGUUCAAAAUGGAGUUAUAACAUUUGAUGCGUUAAAGAAUAAUGUUAAUCCUAUGAAUAGCAAUAGUCUUAAAUUAAAACGAUUAAAUUCCACCUCAUCAUCUUCAAUGAAUGUUAAUAAUUCAAGUUCGAUGUCAAGUGUUAAUUCUGUGGUAUCUACAAAUAAUAUUGAAUCAAUUAAUAAUUUAAAUGAUUUAAAUAAGGCAUUGAAUUAUUUAACUAAAUCAAGUAAUAUCAUUCAUAGUGCUACAAAAAAACAAGGAAAUAAUAAUACAUCUGAAGUUGCUAUUAAUGAUCAAAUUAAUCAUUAUUUAAGUAUCAGAGAUAAAUUCAAAGCUAUGAAGAAUGAAGAAUUAAAGAAAUUGAAUAGUUUAAAACGUCAAAAUAAUAAAAAGAAAGCAGCUGCUGCCGCUGCUGCUGCCACUAGUGGUAAUAAUACAAAUGUAACUAAUAAUGUUUUCACACCUGAUUUAUUGAAACCACUUAAAUCGAUUAAUUUAUUUGAUCCAGAUACGAAUGAUGAUGUUGAUAUGAUUAUUGAUAUGUUAAAUGAAUCCAAUAAUACCUCCACCAAUAACAAUACCAAUUUAAAUGCCUCCAACCUUAAUAACGCUGAUAAUGAUAAUGAAAUUAACCAAAUACCCUCCAAUUCAAAGCUUAUUGAUGCUUUGAAAAUGAAUUCAGUGCUUAUGCAUAAUGAACUUAUUUCCAAUGAUGAUGAUAUUGAUUUAAUCAUGGAAGAACCUGAUUUUUUAAGUCGAUUAAUGUUGAAUGAUAUCAGUACUAAUACCAGUACCAAUGGUACUAGUUCAUUAAGUAGCAGUACUGCAUCUGCAUCUGGAGUUACUGGAGCUACUACAGCUGGAGUAUCUGAUUUAUUACUUAAAGAACAAGAGAAAUUAGGUAAUGUGAAGAUUCAUUCAAAUUCCAAUAAUGGUAAUGAUCGAACUAUGAAUAAUGAUAAUAAUAACAAUAAUAAUAAUAAUAAUGUAACUACUAAUAAUGAAAAUAGUAAUAGUAGAACUAUUACUAAGUCAAAAGUUAGUCUUGAUAAUUUAAUUAAAAAGAAAUUAAAAUUGAAUUGUGGAUUCUGUACUAAUGAUACACCAUGUUUAUGUUUUGAUACUGAUUUUGAUCUUAGAUGAAAAGAUCUGAUUUAUAUAGAAUUUUUUAUAUUUGAAAUAUAAAAAUGUAUAAGAUAUUUUUUUAACCAAAGGUAAAAUAUAAACUACAAUCAAUGUAAGCAUAAUUAUGAUUUGAAGAUUUGUUUAUUAACGAUCAUAAACAUAAACUAAA